AUGCAAAAAUCACAAAUUUCAAAAGAGCCAAUUAACAAGCCUAGCAUCAACUGGAAGUAUCACCUAGCAUCUCCUCAAAUAAUUCAAAAACUGUUGACUUAUCAAAAAAACGAAGGAAAAUUUUGCAUGUUCGAAGCGAAUGAAGCAGGAGAAAAGUUAAUUUUUCAAUUAACAAAAUUGUUCAACUUAUGA